AUGUCAGAUAAAUUUGUUCCAUAUCAUUUACGUGAUAUUAACAAUCAUCCAGCUCAUCUUGAUAACAAUCAAAAAUCGAAUUGGAUACGUGCUGCAAAAAAGGCGAAGAAAAAUUUUCAAUAUCAACAACAAUAUCCAGCAUUUGAUAUAGCAACAUCACUUUAUGAAAUUAUAUAUGUAAACAAAUAUACAACAACUGAAACAAUGCAAAAAUUAAUUAAUCAUGUACGAAAUUGUAAUGAAUUUACAUUUUAUACUGAAGGUGAAAAAUCAACCAAACAAUUAGCAUUAAUUCAAAUUCAAACAAUACCUCAACAAUUACCAUUUUUUGUUAUAUUAGUAGAACUUGCACAUUUACCACCAAUUAAUUCAUUAAUUCAUUUACAAAUUAAACAAUUAUUUGAAUUAUUUUUUACAUUUAGAAAUAACAUAUAUUCUUGGGGACCAUUACGUAAGGAAAUUUAUCCAGCUAUUGUUUAUCAAUGGUUUGAAGAGCCAAUUAAAACAUCAGUGGUUAAUCUUCAACUUAAAUUUGCUGAUUGCCUGUCAAAUCGUCGUAAUGUUAUUGUCAAUGAUAUUAAUUCUGAUGGACAAAUGAAUUUAUUAUCAAAAUAUACUUGUCAUAAACCAAGUCCUUAUCGUCCUAAUGAACCAUGGACAUUACAACAAGCUUUAAUUUAUACAAUUGGAAUGCUUAUUGACAAGUCAAUUAC